AUGGCAAAACGUUUGAAAGAAGUGAAGGAUGCACUUGAGAAGAUGGUGAUGGAUCCAACUUGGAGAAGGCUUCUAAAAAGAGAUGGAAAGUCAGCAAUUGAAAUCAAGGCUAGGGAAGUUAAAAAAUGCAUUGUGAGUGACAGUUGGUGGGAUGACUUGGAAUAUCUCUUGGAAUUUACUGAACCUAUUGUUGAUUUUUUAAGGUUAGAAGACACUGAUGCCCCUGUUCUCCAUUUGAUUUAUGAUAUGUGGGACACAAUGAUUGAGAAAGUUAAAUUCAGAAUAUUUGCUCAUGAUAAACAAGAUAUGCUGACUGGCCAAUCAAAUUUCUUUGAUGUCAUUCACAAUAUAUUGGAAACAAGAUGGAAUAAAAGCAACAAUCCACUGCAUUGUAUGGCUCAUUUAUUGGUUUCUAAGUACUACACUGAAGCUUGGAUUAGAGGUGGAAGUGAUGGAGUUCCACGGCUCUUACCACAUGAAGAUCAAGAGGUCUCUUUGAAUAGAAGUAAAUGUUUCAAACAAUUAUUUAGCAAUCAAGAUGAUCUUUGGAAAGUUUAUAUUGAAUAUGGAGCUUUUUUAAGUGGAUCCGGUUACUUCAAUGAGCCUCAUGUUAUUGAUGCAAAAUUGUAUGAGGAACCAAUUUCAUGGUGGGCAAAUCAUGGUUCUUUAACACCAAUGUUACAAGCUUUAGCAUUCAAGCUUCUUUCACAGCUUGCAUCAUCAUCUUGUUGUGAAAGAAAUUGGAGUGGUGAUAAGUUUGAUAUUGAUGGUAAUACUCUUGGGGAACUUGCUGAACUUUCCAUCAAUGAGCCAGAGUUAGAGCUUAUAACAUUUGAUGAUGCAUUUGAAGAAGGGCAAGAGGCUGUCUUAGGGGCUGAAGUUAAACCACUUGAAGAAUUCCAACAAGGAAUGAUGGAUUGA